AUGCCAGAUUGCCCAUCAACUGAAUGUGAGCAGGCCGCUCAUGGUAAGGAUAAAUGUCCAUAUUUGACGGCCGCCUAUAUACUUGCUGGUCUUGCUAUGAUGCUUAAUAUUAGACUCUCAUAUAGUUCUGCUCCAUAUGCACUUAUUAGAUUCAAACUUCCUGAAAAUCUCUUUAGUGUAUUUGUUAGAAGAAUGGCUAGCGCUUUGGAACUCUGGUGUCUACCAAGUAUGCUCCUGGGUAACAUAAUGGACAUAGGGGUUAAAGCAGCAUACGACGGCAGCGGCACCAACACGCCCACAACCACUGACAAACAGGUUAGGUUCGGUGCUAUUAUAGUUCCUUCAAUUAUUACUCAGUGGUUAAACUUUGUAACCUAUGUAAUAUUACUAGUUGUAUAUCGACGUGGUGGUGACCAAGGCCGUUUAACUACAUUCUAUUGGGUUAUUGCAAUAUCUGGAUUUGUGUUUGGUAUUAAUAUGACUUUGGUUUAUGCUGCUGAUUAUAAUUAUGUGCCUGUGUAUAUCGCUGGUGAAAACUCAUUUCCAGCCAUCACCUCAUUCAUUCAUUAUCUUACAACACUGAUGUUUGGUAAUAGGAGAAAAUACAAUAGUGACUUUAUAAUUGUAACCGUGGAUAUUUGGGUAGCUAUAAUAAUCUCAUUCGUGGCAGCUGUGGUCUGGACCGUAGCAUAUGGAUAUUAUGCUGGAAGUGAUAUUACUACUGGUGAUCUGAAACACAUCUAUGCACAAGGGUUCUUCGCAAGCCCUGAGGUAGAUCUCGUCUCACCUGCAAUGAUGGUUAUUGUUGGUAUGGGAUUGGUCUAUGCUAUUUAUCCUGGUAUAGCACCCGGUAUGAUUGUACCAUUCUAUCUCAUUGAUAAGAUUGAAAUGGUACUCCUGAUAGCCACAAUAUUCCCACCAGUAAUAAUCGCUUUCCUAAGAAGAUUCAAAGAUCAAGUUGGCGCUAUAUACUCACCAACGUGUAAAUGGGGAACAGAUACCCUAAAUACCUUCACCAGAAAGUACAAGAACUCUGGUGAUGCUAAUAAUCCUGUCGAUGCUUGGCAUUGGCAUGCCUUUGAUCUCCUUAUAAUUAUUAAGAUAUCUCUUUCUGCUAUCUUUAUAUAUUCGCUUCAUUAUAAAGAAUCCAAUAUAUCUAGGUCUAUCUUUAACCAACCCAAAAUGUCUACUGCACUCAGUAUUGUAUUUUAUAUGUGUCAUGAAUUCCUGUUGGCCAUAGGUUUUGCAGGUGUAGUCGGUGGUAAUGGUGGAGGUGACACGGUACUGAUUCCACAAUACAUAGGAGCGCUAUUUAUGAUAUUUUUGGCCUUUUAUUCAGAGGGAUACAUUAUAGAAUAUAAAAGUCAUGAUCCAGCGAGGUGGCCUACAGAAGAAUGUGGUAUUUAUAUGGAUACUACCAAUUGUACCCUGAUUUUUUUAUUAUGA